UAUUUUACCUGAAUUCCAGUGGUUUGAUACUCCCAACGUGUUUUUAAGUCAUUUGAUUCCUUCACGUAUACCUCAAUGAAUCUUCUGAAAAUCUUAUAUUUUGACUAAAUCAGAAUGGAGGCAUACGUUAGGGCUUUUGCUUCAAUUGUUAUGCAAGGGGAAAUGCACUUAGAUAAAAGCUUCUGUAUGUUUCACUGAGAGUGAUUUUAGUUGUUACGCUAGAAUUCAGACACUUAUUUUGAAUAUAUUCCUUAGAAUAUGAAAAGAAUGAUUAAAUUGGAAAAGUCUGACUACCAAGUGUUAAAGAGGACGCAGAAUAACUGGAAUUCUCAUGUUGUACUGGUGGGAGUGUAAAUUGGUGCAAUCAUUUUGAAAAUUCUUUGGCAGGAUCUACUAAAGUAAAACAUGCAUAAAAUAUUCUCCAACUUAUAGCCCCCCAAAUUCUAGAUGAUGCUGUCACCAAUAUAUACUUAUAUUACUCAUUUAAUUAUAUGUUUUUAUUGUAUAUAUGUACAAUUUAUUGUAGGUCAAUUUAACCUCAAUAAAGCUGUAAGAAAGAGUAAAUAAAAUAGUGAAAGAAAUCAUAUCAUUUAGGUAUAUUUACCUCCUUUAAAUCUCAUCUCAAGGUGAUGAGAUUAUGAAUGUUUAAUUUUUAAUUCAGAAAGUACUUAAUAUUUACAAACUACUACUCUUGGUACAUUUAUAGAUUUAAAACAAAUACCUGUGUGCUUCUCUCAUGCUUAAGAAAUAAUAUAUAACCAAUAUUUUUUUUAGUUGUAGCUAACUUUAUUUAUUUAUUUUUAUGUGGUGAUGAGGAUCAAACCCUGUUCCUCGCAAGUGCUAGGCAAGCACUCUUCCACUGAGCCACAACCUUAGCCCUAUAACCAAUAUUUUUGAAGCUGCCCUAUGCAUUCCUCUCUGAUUAUAUCUUUCUUUCCAUUUUCCUUGCUUUUCUCUGUACUUUUGCCACAUACAUAUGUAUUCCUAAACAAUGUGUUGUUUAGUUUUGCCUAUUUGCAGUGCUAUAUAAAUGAAAUUACAUUAUUUCUAUGACUUUUUAUACAAUAUUAUAUGAGUAUGAAACAAAUGAAUUUCAUUUUUAGACUUGGUUUCCAUCCCCAGUGUAUUUCAUUAUAUAUUUGCAAACAUUAAAAAGAAAUCCUAAAUACCAAGCAUUUCAGAUAAGGGAUACUCAAUCUGUAUGUGUGUUUAUAUAUACAAGCAAUAUAAACACUGAGUACAGACUCAGUAUGAUAAUUGCACAAGCCAAAAGACAAAAAAUAAAUGAAACCCUCCUACAUUGCUGGUAGGAAUAUAAAGUAGUGUAGCUUCUUUGUACGAAACUUUGGCAGUUCCUCAAAAACUUCACAUAAAAAGAAAAAAGUUCACAUAAAGUCAUAAGGUUACCAUGUUACCCAGGAAUUCCAUUCCUGGUUUAAUAUAUCUAUAAGAAUGGAAAACAUACUUUUAUGCAAAAACUUGAAUACAAAAAGUUCAUAAGCAACCCAACUAUCCAUCAACUGAUGAUGGAAAAACAAAAUGUGGUAUAUGUUUGUCCAUACAGUGGAAUAUUAUUCAACCAUAAAAGAGAAUGAAGUACUGACUCAUGCUACAACACUGGAUAAACCUUGAAAACUUGAAGAUAAGUGAAGGAAGCAAGACAGAAAAAGACCAUAUUGUAUGAUAUAUAUGAAAUGUCCGGAAUAGGCAAAUCAGAAAUGAGGUAAAAUAUGGUUGCCAGAGGCUGGAAGAAAAGUUACUACAAACAGUGAUCCAUCUUCAGCUGGUGAGAGCCUCUUGAAGUUAACCUCUGAAUCCUUCUGCUACAUUUCUUAGAUUACUAAUUAAGUACUUAUGGAUGAAAUUAUAUGAUUGGAAUUUAUUUCAAAAUAACCCAAAGGACAUUACCAGGUUCAUAUUAAAAUUGGAAGUUUCUAUCUUUUGAGGGACAUUGGAAAUUGAAUGUAAUGGCAGCAGAAUUUAUAAAGAGUUGCUGUAGAGGAUGUUUCCAUGGUGAAACAGAAAAGCACAAGUUUUCUGUGGAAAGAGAUAGUAAAGCAGCAGUCUCAAAUAGUCAGACUACCACUAUCUGUAUACCUCCGUUGACUUCUGUUUCUGUAAAGCCUCAGGUUGGCUGUACUGAGGAUUAUUUGCUUUCCAAAAUACCCUCUCAUGGCAAAGAAGUACCAUUUGUGGUGCCUAAGUUCAAGUUAUCUUAUAUUCAGCCCAGGGCACAAGGAACUCCUUCUCAUCUGGAAGAACUUGAAGGAUCUGCCAGAGCAUCUUUUGGAGAUCGAAAGGUGGAACUUUCCAGUUCGGCUCAGCAUGGGCCCAGCUAUGAUGUGUACAACCCUUUCUAUAUGUAUCAGCACUUUUCACCUGAUUUGAGUCGGCGUUUUCCUCCUCAUUCAGAAGCAACAAGACUGUAUGGAUCAGUUUGUGACCUAAGGACCAGCAAACUUCCUGGUUCCCCUGGCCUAAGCAAAUCUAUGUUUGAUCUUACAAGUUCAUCUCAGAGAUUCAUCCAGAGACAUGAUUCGUUGUCUAGUGUACCCAGUAGUACAUCUUCAAGAAAAAAUUCUCAGGGGAGUAACAGAAGCCUGGAUACGAUUACUCUCUCAGGAGAUGAAAGAGAUUUUGGCAGAUUGAAUGUGAAGUUGUUUUAUAAUUCUUCAGUGGAGCAGAUCUGGAUCACAGUUUUACAGUGCAGAGAUUUAAGUUGGCCUUCUAGUUAUGGUGAUACUCCCACUAUUUCUGUAAAGGGAAUACUAACGUUGCCCAAACCAGUGCAUUUCAAGUCAUCAGCAAAGGAAGCUUCUAAUGUUAUUGAAUUUUUGGAAACUUUUGUAUUUGCUAUUAAACUACAAAAUCUACAAACUGUAAGACUUGUAUUCAAGAUUCAAACCCAAACUCCCAGGAAGAAAACCAUUGGAGAAUGUUCUGUGUCGCUUAGAACUCUCAGCACACAGGAAAUGGAUUACUCUUUGGAUAUAAUACCACCUUCAAAAUUUUCUGUUUGCCAUGCAGAACUUGAAUUGGGGACUUGUUUUCAAGCAGUAAAUAGCAGGAUUCAGCUUCAAAUUCUUGAGGCACAGUAUCUUCCAAGCUCAUCAACACCUCUGACUUUAAGUUUUUUUGUGAAGGUGGGAAUGUUUAGCUCAGGAGAGUUGAUUUAUAAGAAGAAAACACGCUUACUGAAGGCCUCCAAUGGAAGAGUAAAGUGGGGAGAGACUAUGAUUUUUCCACUUAUACAGAAUGAAAAGGAAAUUGUUUUUCUCAUUAAGCUUUAUAGUCGAAGCUCUGUAAGAAGAAAACACUUUGUGGGCCAGAUUUGGAUAAGUGAAGACAGUAAUAGCACUGAAGCAGUGAACCAAUGGAAAGAAACAAUUGCAAAUCCAGAAAAGGUUGUUACCAAGUGGCACAAGUUAAAUCCAUCCUGAAGACUUCACAUAUUAAUUUGGUGAAGAAACAACUUGACAUUCUUUUAGAAGACUUAGAAUUUUAAUUUGCUAAAAAUUAUAAUAAAUUUUAUCAAAUAUCCAAAGUGAAGGAAAUGCUUUAAAACAGUGCCAGAAGAGACAAAAUAAAAGCGUAGUAUUAUUAUGGCAGUUAAAUGACUUAUAAAGUCUAUGAGAACAUAAGCCAUACAUAGGAAUUUAUGUAUUAUGUUUUUUGCUUUUGUUUUUUAAGUUUUACCUAGAUAUUUAAAACCUACUAUAACAAGCCCUGUUAGUACUACUAGACAUUUAGAUGACUAUACCUUUGUUCCAGUGCUAGGCAUUGUUGAUUACAUUUUUGUUCCACUGUUUACCUCUUCCUAUAUAUUUUCUCUCAGCAAAAAUGAAUUGAACCAUUUCAGUUGUUUUCUAUAUUUGGGGGAAGAUAGUGCCCUGUGUUUAUAAUUUAUUACCUAUAAGGCAUUACAUUGCUAUUUUGUAAACUACUUACUUCCAAGAAACUUCAGAAAUAGAAAGUACAUUUAGACUAGGAUAAACAAAAACACCAAAAGAUUGAAGUUUAAUUGGAGGCCCAAAAUUAUACAUAUUUUGCUGUUUCUCACCAUUAGAUACUUUUGUCUUUGUUUUAUUUGGAGUUAAAAUAAGGUUAUCAUCCAUAUGGCCCAUCCUAACUAGCAGAAUGAAUAAGUUUUAAAUAGUAAAUAUUUUAUGAUAAUCACUUCCUUGCUUUUAGUUUUUUAAGUACAAAUUACUUGUUCUGUAAUCUAUAAUGUUAGAGUAUUUUGUCAUGUUUUUUAUAACUAUACCUGAUAACAUUAUAGACUCCAACGGAGUCUAAAAUUUUCUAUUGCAGGUUUCUUUCAGUUGCUUAUUAGAACUCAGUAUAAGGGGAUAAUUUCAGCAUAGUUGUCCAUAUGAACUAUGGCCAAAAGCAACAGCUUUUUGGAGAAACAAAUAACCCUACUCCUAAUUUAGCAAAAUAUGAUUUUAUUUUUGCUAGUAAGUAGACUAUGUGCUCUGUGUUCUUUGUCUUCCAUUUUUCUUUCUUUGUUCCAAACAUGUCAAGAGAUAGAUGGUGAUAUUUUAGGCCAGAGGUAUACCUUUCCAUAACCUAAACAUUCCCUUUUCAUUCUAAUUCCUGUGUUCUAUGUAUCUUAUUAAAAUUUCCCCAAAUAAACACCUCGUUCUCUUGCCUAGAUAUUAUCUCCACAAGCUGCAAAAUGUAUCAAGUUUAUAUGCCCUUUGCUUCUGUCCGGAUUUUAUGGUUCCAGUGGUGUGAUAAGUAUUCUCUGCCACUGUACAUUUUGAAAUAAAAAUUUUAGAUUUGUGAAAAAUGGUAUUUUAGAUAGUACUCACGUUGACUUCUGGAAGAAAUUACCCUGCGUGGUAGUAUUUUGAAUCUUUGAGACAAAUGCAGCUAAUUUUGAUUUUGUCAUUUGUUUGUUUUUUUUUUUUUUUUUGAUAGGCUAUUUUUAGAGUGGUUUUAGGUUCAUAGCAAAAUUGAAAAAAGAGGUACAGAGGUUUCCUAUACAACCCUCUCCAGUACACAGACAUACACAGAUGAGGUACAACCUCUUUACCCUGUCAGCAUCCUGCACCAGAAUAAUACAUUCGUUGCAACUGAUAAACUUACAUUCAUACCAUUAUCACCUAAAAUCUAUAAUUUACAUUAGGACUUCCUCCUGGUGUUUUACGUUUUGUAAAUUUUAACAAGUGUAUAAUGACAUGUAUCAUUAGAAUCUUUUCAGAGUGGUUUCAUUGCCCUAAAAAUCCUCUGCAAUGCAAUAUUUUAAUAGCUAUCAAAGAAAUAAAUGUGUUUAUUGGCUUUUAGAUAAUAAAUAACAGACUUUCUUGCUUUUAAAAAAAACUAGAAUUUUAUUUUAGCAAUUUUCUGUGUUUUUAAUUCCUAAAUUUAAUAUAUGUAGUCAUGUACUUAACUCAAUUUUUAAUUAUUUAAUUGGUAGUAUUUAAAUAUAUGUAUAAUAUAUGAUUUGAGGGAAAAAUAUGGUUUCUUGGUUUCUUAGGAUCCCAAAUAAAUCAUAAAAAGAAAACUUCAUUUAAACAAACUUUCAGAUAGGAAAGUAUUGGUAGAACUAAGACCUCAGAUAUUCUAAUUGGUAUUAACUUAAACCUUCCAAAGGUGAAGAGAUAUUGAAUAUAGCUGAAAUGCUCAUUUGAUUUCUUGAAGCUUUAUGUAGAAAUAUAAACAGAAACAUGCUCUUUCUUAAAAAUUUAACCUUUUUAAAUUUUGUAUUUAUUUGUUUAUUAUGUGGUGCUAAGGAUUGAACCCAGUAUCUCAGGCAAGUGCUCUACCACUGAGCUACAACUCCAGCCUAGAAAUACCGUCUUUCUGUUAACAGCCUCUCAUAUUGUGAGAAAAACAAUAGGAACUGGUAACAAAAAAUGAGAUACUGUGGAAAAAUCACUUCCCUUUCUUUGCAUUUGCUUAGGCUUUUCUUGACCUUUACCCAGCUAUAAUAAGGAAAAGGAAACCAAAAUGAUUCUGGGUGAUCAAAGGGAACCAUGGAAGGAUUCAUGUUGAUAACUGAUAAUUUAAAUGAUAUAACCCCUAAAAUAGUAUUUAUUUAUAAACUUUCACAUUGACACAGUUAAGUAACUACAGCCCAUGCAUGUCAAAAUAUAGCAUCAAUACUUGACUUUUAGUUUUGAUGAUUUUUUAAGCAGAACUUAUUGAAAAAUGACCAAGAAAGUAUGUCAGUUCAAACUCUUAAUCAGACUGUUAAGAAACCUGUGGGAUUUUGAACAUAUGUAAUUGGUCUGAAAAUAACCUAAAGUGAAGUUCUGUUUGAAUGUAGUUACAUGAAUUUUUUGAUACCAAUGUACUACACAGCCUAGUGAAAACACUUUCCUACCAAAAAUUUUCAUUGUUUGUUUAAUUAAAUAUUUGCUUAUUUAUGAAGGAUUUUCAAUUUUUCAUUAAAUUUUAACUUUUCGUACCAUGGGAAUAAGGGGUAUUGCACUCAGAAGCACCUAACUACUGAGCCAUGUCCCCAGCCCUUUUUAUAUUUUAUUUAGAGCAGGGUCUCACUGAGGCUGACUUUAAACUUGCAAUCCUCCUUCCUUAGCUUCCUGAGCUGCUGGGAUGACAGGCAUGUGCCACUGUGCCCAGCUCAGGAAUGGGUAUUUCAAAAUUAUACAUCUUUAUUAGAUAUUUGAACUUUUGUUUGGUGUUUCUUCAGGUAUACUAAGAAAGGUGCCAGAUAAAAUAUCUGUGUAUCUAGUGGUUUUUGAGGAGAUUUUCUGAUGUUCUUGUUGUAUAAAUGUAAUUCUUGUUAAGAAUUAAAAUUUCAAAUUCUUUCAUUUCUAGGUUAAGCGCUUAGUUGUGAAAGAAUUAUGAAAAAAGGGCCCAUGUAAAAUACCAUCUCCAUUUUGAAAUAAAGAUAGAUAUUAAGGGAGUUAAUGUAGCCCUCAAAAACUAUAUUUUAUUUUUUAAGUGGCAACUUCUCUGAAGAUAAAUCCUGCCUAUAUUUUUAGUAAUUUCUUUAUAGAAAAAAAUUUAGCUUGUUUUCCUGAUUUUACAAUUUUUUCGAUUUCUAAAAAGAAACAUCUUUAAAAACAUUGAUCACAGUCUACAUUAAAUCAUAGGAUUCUGACAAUGGCAGUAGGUAUCUAAAAAGGAAGUUUUAUAUUAUAUGUCUUCUUGGAUGGCAAGAAGGUUGCCAGUUCCAUUCUGAGCUAAAUCACUGAAGGAGAUAUGUCUUUAAAUGAUGGUGAUAUUUGUUCUGUAUUGUUUUUCAUAUUCUUAUCCUGUGGAAUUUGUUUCUGGGUCAUCCAUCAUCCUUUAGUUUCUGGGGGAAGAAAAUAGAUAAAAAAUGUCUGCUCUUUAUGGUAAGGCUGGAUUUAUUUUAGCAGAAAUAAAUUUGACUGGCUGUGGCUCUAAAUUGACAUUCAGUUUGAUAUCUGAGUCUUUACUCUUUAUUGAUUACAUAGUAUAUGGAGUCUUGAUCACGAAACAACUACAUUUUUAAUGAGCAAUAAGCUAUUUUGUAUAAUAUAUAAAUAUUAAAUAAUAAAUGCUAUAAGCCAUCA